CCGCUGCCGCCGCUGCAGGAACACGGAGCCAGCGGCGCGAGCGUGACUGAGGGCCCGGCGCACGGCGGCGGCCCUCCCUCGGGUCCCGGGCCGCGCGGCGCCUGGGCCCGCCCCCUCGGCCCGGCCGCCCGCCCCUCUCCCAUGGCCUCUCCCCGCGGCCCUUGUGGAACGCCGCCGCCGCGGCCCCCGCUCCCGCCCCGCACCGCCUGAAGGAGCCCGACAGGCCCGAGCCAACCCGCGGCCUGCUCGGGUCGGCCUGCGCCGCUCCGGAACCCCGCGAACCGCCGCUGCGAGCCGGCCGGAACCGCAAGGCAGGCCCGUCUACCCGCCCGUCUGUCCACCCGCAGCCCGUCCGUCGGUCCUUGCACGGCGCGGCCGGGCUCGGGGCGCGGCGGGGGCGGGGCCGCGGCGGGGCGGGCGGGCGCGCGGGCCCGCGGGGCGGCGCGUGGAUGGAUCCGCGCGUGGCCUGGAUCCAGCCGGAGCAGAAGGGGCCGGCCAAUGCCCUGUGGAUGCAGAUCUGGGAGACCUCGCAGGGCGUGGGCCGCGGCGGCUCAGGCUUCGCGUCCUACUUCUGUCUCAACUCGCCCGCGCUGGACACCGCGGCCGCGGCGGGGGCUGCGGGGCUGGGCGGCGGUGGCGGCCUGGCCGGGCCCGUGCUGCCCGCCGCGUCGCCUCCGCCACCCGCGCCUGGCCCAGCCGCGCUGCCCCCAGCGCUGCUGACGGCGCUCGGGCCCGCCGCCGAGGGUGCUCGGCGCCUACAUAAGUCGCCGUCGCUGUCGUCGUCGUCCUCGUCUUCGUCCAACGCCGAGUCGGGCACCGAGAGCCCUGGCUGCUCCUCCUCGUCCUCCAGCAGCGCCUCGCUCGGACGAGCGGGCAGCGGCCGCGGCGGUGCCUUCUUCCACUUCGCUGACGGCUCGCCCAGCACUCCCGGCACGGCCAACGGGCACUCCGGGCCGCGCGGUCCCGCGCCCGCCGGCUCUCCGUCGCAGCACCAGUUCCACCCGGGCCGCCGGAAACGGGAGAACAAGGCCAGCACGUACGGCCUCAACUACCUGCUGUCAGGCAGCCGCGCGGCCGCGCUGAGCGGAGGGGGCGGCCCCGGAUCUCAGGCGCCACGGCCCGGCACUCCGUGGAAAAGCCGGGCAUACAGCCCAGGCAUCCAGGGACUUCAUGAGGAAAUAAUUGACUUUUAUAACUUCAUGUCCCCUUGCCCUGAAGAAGCAGCCAUGAGAAGAGAGGUGGUGAAGCGGAUCGAAACUGUGGUUAAAGAUCUUUGGCCAACAGCUGAUGUACAGAUAUUUGGCAGCUUUAGUACUGGUCUCUAUCUUCCAACGAGUGACAUUGACUUAGUGGUCUUUGGAAAAUGGGAGCGUCCUCCUCUCCAGCUGUUGGAGCAGGCCCUGAGGAAGCACAACGUGGCUGAGCCGGGCUCCAUCAAAGUCCUGGACAAAGCUACAGUACCAAUAAUAAAACUCACAGACCAGGAGACUGAGGUUAAAGUCGACAUCAGCUUCAACAUGGAGACUGGGGUCCGGGCAGCGGAGUUCAUCAAGAAUUACAUGAAGAAAUAUUCAUUGCUGCCUUACUUGAUUUUAGUAUUGAAACAGUUCCUCCUGCAGAGGGACCUGAAUGAAGUUUUUACCGGUGGAAUUAGCUCGUACAGCCUAAUUUUAAUGGCCAUUAGCUUUCUACAGUUGCAUCCAAGAAUUGAUGCCCGGAGAGCUGAUGAAAACCUUGGAAUGCUUCUUGUAGAAUUUUUUGAACUUUAUGGAAGAAAUUUUAAUUACUUGAAAACUGGUAUUAGAAUAAAAGAAGGAGGUGCCUAUAUUGCCAAAGAAGAGAUCAUGAAAGCCAUGACCAGCGGGUACAGACCAUCGAUGCUGUGCAUUGAGGACCCCUUGCUACCUGGAAAUGAUGUUGGCCGAAGCUCCUACGGGGCCAUGCAGGUGAAGCAGGUUUUUGACUAUGCCUACAUUGUUCUCAGUCAUGCUGUGUCGCCACUUGCGAGGUCCUAUCCAAACAGAGAUUCUGAAAGUACUUUAGGAAGAAUCGUCAAAGUAACUCAGGAAGUGAUUGACUACCGGAGGUGGAUCAAGGAGAAAUGGGGCAGCAAGGUCCACCCAGCGCCCGACCUUGACAAUAGAAUUAAAAUAAAAGAACGGAUAAGCACAUGCGAUGGGGAGCAGCCCCAGGGCCGAGACCCGGAGCCGCCCUACAGCCAGCGCCUGACCUUGUCUCUGCCUAGCCCCCAGCUACUCUCCUCGGGCUCCUCCGCGUCUUCCGUGUCUUCGCUCUCUGGAAGUGACAUUGAUUCCGACACGCCACCCUGCACGACACCCAGCGUUUACCAGUUCAGUCUGCAAGCGCCCACCCCUCUGCUGGCCAGCUUGCCCACCGCCUUGCCCAUCCCAAGUGGCAAACCUCAGUCUACUACUUCCAGAACAUUGGUCAUGACAACUAACACUCAGACCAGGUUUACUAUACCUCCGCCGACCCUGGGCGUGGCCCCUGUUCCUUGCAGACAAGUUGGUGUUGAAGGAACUCCAGCACUGAAGGCUGUGCACCACAUGUCCUCCCCGGCCAUUCCGUCCGCGUCUCCCAACCCACUCUCCAGCCCGCACCUCUAUCAUAAGCAGCACAGUGGCAUGAAGCUGGCCAUGAAAGGCUCUCACAACCACAGCCAAGGUGGCAGCUACAGCUCCGUGGGCAGUGGAGGUGUGCGGCCCCCCGUGGGCAACCGGGGACACCACCAGUAUAACCGUACCGGCUGGAGGAGGAAAAAACACACUCACACGAGGGACAGCCUGCCCGUCAGUCUCAGCAGAUAAUAGCUCCUGGCGGCGCCUCCUGCCUCCCCCUUUCCAGGACUGACCCGGGUGGCCUCGGCACCCGGCGGGAACUGAGACCAGCAUCUAGCACAUCAGCCGGGCCCCUCGAACGCCCGCCGCUGAUCACUCUGCAUGUUCCUUGUGUGGUGGUCACGUCCAUCUUAAAGAACAGCUCCUUGUGCUCAUCUGUGAAGCCUUAUUCAACGUGGACGCUGUUUUCUGCCUUCCCAGGAUCCUUCCAGGAGCAGGUCUGGACCUGGAGCUGCAGGGGGUGAAGUCGGCUUUGGCGUUUGUUUCUCAGUAGCCGUGUCUGUUCCUUUGAGGUUGGGUGUUUCCAUUUUAUGUUUGUCAGAGCCAGAGAUCAACCCCUUACUCGGUUCUUCCUUGGUGGACAGGAUGGGAGGUCGCCAUUGUUUUACUGCCCUCAUGUUUUGUUUCAAAUUUCAGAACUGUUUUUUCUAUGUAAAUAUUGAAAACUUAUGAUUUGUGCAAUAACUCAGAUAUUUUUUAUUUAAUUUCAUAUUUUCACGUAAGUUAUAUUUAAGGGAGGAGGGAAUUUUUUUAAACAACCUUAGAUCCUUUCCCAAGUUGCAUUUUCUAAGUUGGGUUCAUCAAGUCGGCCGGUUGUCUGAUGAGCACCGUUGCAAACACCAUGAGCGAGGGGCUUGAGUUUAUUUUUAUGUUUAUUCUUUGGGUCAGAUGGGAGGCCUCUCAGUUCGUGAUGAAGGAGCCAGGUUGCCCCCCAACAGUUCUCUGAAGGGGUUUGGCCCCCAACUCUUCUGACCAGCUGCCUGCCGGCUUUUGCCGUAUGGCCUGUCUGUUGCCUCGCUCUGACCAUGGAGUUUUAAUGUUUUGAUUUUUGGUUCUUUUAAACUAGACAACAAAUCCAGCAUUUAAAGUGCCAGAAGUAUAACUUUCUAAGGGGAGGAGAGGUUGUCACAUUACAAAAUCUUUAAAAAAAUGUGAACUUCUACAUGCUUCAGUCAGUUUUAGUAACAUAGCCUGUAAUGAUGGGUCUGGUGAAUAUCAUUACGGACAAUGGUGCCCAGUUUUAGGAAUGUGGAGAAAGGAAUUAUGUUGAUUCCAUUGAGGAAUCUGUGUAGCAGUAUGCAUUCGUUCUGUUAAGAGCAAAUAUAUGAGAAGUACUUGAGGUGCUCAGUGCGCCGUGGGGAAUAUUCCUAAUGUAUUGCAGGAGAGCACAGCCCAGUGUUGGGGCCAGGGAACGGCUGGCGCCCAACUUGAGAAGCAUAUAGGUAUACUAUGCAAGUGUAUUCUGCCAUGACAACCACUGUCUUUAUUACCUUUUUUCAAACAAAAAUAUAUCCAUCCAGCCUAACCCUGAGUUUUUGAAGCACCACAGUUGUCCUGGGAGUUAGCUGCAUCUCAUAGGUCGUCUGACUUCCCGUUCUAACAUGGGGGUAUUGGCCCCAGUGAACACUACAGGGAGGUGGUCGGCCUUUGAAGUCCACUAGUGGAGAAUGCUGAGACCAGGAACUUAUUACCAUGACACCUGAUUGAUGAUGCAGAGGGGCACCUGAAUGUGAUGGACACCCAGCAAGGACACGCUUUAAAAUAUCUAUGGUUUGUUUAUUUUUUAUUUUUUAUUAUAAUUUUUUUUAAGCGGACUGGCCCACAUUAUCAUUGAGAGCUGCCAGCUGCGACUGCAGGUUCUCUAGGAGGCAUUCCAGAAUAGAGUAGCACAUUUUGUCUGCAGUUCUUAAUGACCGAAAGCUAUCAAAAAUAUUUAAAGAUAUUUAAAUUGUGAACCUAUUGAUAAAGAAAUAUUUAUAAAAACUGAUAUGUAGGCCUGUACUAAUCUCUACGCAUUAGCAAUAUUGACUGUUACACUACAUUAAGGACACCACUGCGGGGACAGCGGCGAGUGUCCCGUGGGUGCCCAUUUUAAAGCUCGAAUCACAGGCGCCACGCUCCACCCUCGUCAUGGUGAACCGAAUGAAUUGGCCUGGCUACCACUGUGGUCACGCGCUACAGAUUUAACAAAAAGAGAUCAUGUUUCGAUUUUUUUUGUGUGUGGACAACAAUGUGGAAGCUAAAAUUGACAUAUUUUUAUGUAAAGUUUUUCUAUUCUUUGAUUUUUAAUAAACUUUGGAAACCAGGUAGUGUUUGAGUGUGAGCUUUCCUUUCAAGGGGAAGGGUGGCUUCUGUAGUUUAACAUUCUCAAAUUUUCUAAAUUAGGGCAAUGAAAAAUUAUUUCAUGCCUUGCUUCAGUAAAUUGAGAACCUGCUUGAAGUUUAGGGUUAUGUAUGAGAGAAUAGGAAUUGAAACAUAGUCUUGGCUCUCUUGCUCUGCUGAUGAGGAUUCAGUAAAACCACUUAAAUGAUACUAUGUCUGCGAUUUUUGACAAACUGAUACUAGGAUAGUAGGUACUUACACUUCCCAAUGAAACAUGUUUCUAUAUCGCUAUUAGGUCAACAUUUAUAUUGAUACCGCUUUAAAAAGACACAUUUUAAGCUGUCAAAUGAUGAUAAUGUAUCUUGAAAUGUAACU